UCAUCAUCACUCACAGCAGCACAGGGCACCGGGAAUCCGAAGAAAACGACCUCCACAUUUAAAACCCACGCACAAAACCACCGCACAAAGAGCGCGAAUACGACGGAGCCAUCCCAUUCCCCUCUCUUCCCUUCUCCUUCUGAGGACCGAGUAUUUAUAAACCCCGGAUCGAACAAAAUCGCCAUGAUCACUCUCCUCCCCUUCGAACACUCUCGAACCCCAAACCCUAGCUCAACUGCGCCAUGGCUUCUCUCUCUUCAGCUCCUCUCUCGCUCCGCUUCGCGAAGAGUAGCGUUCGGGGUUUGGCUCCGAGGGAAUCGAAGAUUCGGUUGGCGAGUUUUGGGAGGCUGAGGAUUGAAUUGGAGAGGGAGCGGUCGGCGAGGCGAGGGGUUAGGGUUUCAGCGUCGGCGGAGGUUUUGGAGGGGAGGAGGAAGGAGGAAGAGGAGGUGGUUGUGGAGGAGAGGCCUUUGAAGGUUGGGAUUGUUUGCGGCGGUCCGUCGGCGGAGCGGGGGAUUUCGUUGAACUCGGCAAGGUCGGUACUUGAUCACAUUCAGGGGGAAGAUUUGGAUGUUAGCUGCUAUUAUAUUAACUGUGAUCUCAAUGCAUAUGCUAUAUCACCUGCACAG